UAAUAGUUUACCUUAUAGAUCGUCUAAUUGCAACAAUAGGAAAGCACAAAAUAGCUGAGAAUUGUUCCCAGAGCAACUCGUUGAAAUAUCAGCAGAACUAACACUAACAAUUUCAAAAUAAGAAAUACCUUUUAAAUUUAGGUAUCUGUGAGGUUAACUUUUUUUAACCAAAUAAAUAUAAAUCAUAGAAAAGGCUUACAUAAAAAAUUCUGCUUCUCUUGUUUCUUUUAACGAUGGGCUUGGCUGGUCACUAUCUACACAAGGAUAAAGUUAAUUCUAAUCUACAUAUAAGUUUUGUCAAAUUUUGCUUUUAUUAAUUCUAAUUUUUUUUUUAUGCCCGAUCAAGUUGUAAACAUAGAUUUAAUCAUAGAUAAAUGAAAAUUUCUUUGUCUAUGGAUUUAAUAUACAUGUGUGAUUCUAUGGUAAAUUUAAAAAAAAUUAAUCUUUCUUCAUUUAGUAACGCAUUUGUAGAAUUUCAAUACUUAGACUUGAAAAACAAAAAUUAUAAUAUUUUUUAUUAUGACCAAUGCAUUAGUUAUUAUAUCGGGAUCAGCCUAUUCCUUGCUCUAUUAUGAGACUGCUACAUGCGGGUUGGCCCAGGAAGGUUUUCUUCUUGGUAGCAUCGACGAAGAAACAUCUGAAGUAACCCAAAAUGACGGUAAAGAAGUCGUCAAAAUAAUCAGAGUUAAUAAUAUUCUCCCAUGUCCUCUACUAGGAUAUUUUUAUAACAAUGUCGGAGGAAUUCACUCGGAAAAGCUUGCAAAUUUUCUAGGGUUUCAAAUAUCCAAUGUAGUAGGAUGGUAUAGGUUUAAUAAACAUCAAAUUUUUGAUCCUACGCUAAGGGAAAGACAUAUCCAUUCAGGAUUAGCAAGAGCCUUCUGUAUUUCCGUUGAUCAAUUUCCCUUAUGCAUUUUAAUGAACUCUCUUCAAGAAGGCGAUUCUGCUGCAGAUGUUGACACUAUUGCAUCUCUUUUCAAAGUCAAAUUUAUGGUACGCGAAGGUGUCAGAUGGCAAAUUGCAAGGAUUAAUGUUUUGAAUUUAGAUGAUAAAGAUUCAAACAAAAGGCGAGGAUAUACUACUCAAACUUUUCAGUCUCUUGUGCGCAAUUUGAGACUUAGUCCUGCAAUGUCACAAGGAGUCCCAUAUACAACCAAUUUGCACCAAGACGUUUGUGAACAUUUACUUCGCCUAUGUGAAGAACUAGCUAAUGAAGAAGAAAAAUUAUUCGAUUUAGGGUCUAGAGUGAAGGAGUUACUUAGUGCAAGAAGAUUUUCCAGAAGUCAAACAUCUUUGGUCAGUUUUGAAGCUUUAGGAGAUUUUGGUGCAGAAAUGGAGAUUGAAUGAAUCCAUAUAUUAAGUUCAAUUUUCAACACAUUGCUUGAAAUGAAGUCUGAAUCAUAUUUUUGUAUUUUGAUUAAGUAAUCCUUUUUAUUCCCCGGUAUAUAGAAUUUUUGCACUUGAAAAAAAUAAAAUUUUUGUUACUGAA